AUGAAGGCAGCACUCCCUGUUUUGGGCUUCCUCGGCCUCGCCGCUGCGGCACUUCCCGAAUGGAACUCUUAUCCGGGACACUCUCCUGCGGUCGAGAACCGCACCCUCAACGAAAUCUAUGUAGCAGCCAAGAAGGAAGAGGGCAGUCUGAUUGUUCUUUGGGGAGGUGAUGCCGUGAGCCAAGGAAAAUCUACCAUUGAUGCCUGGAAGGCCCGAUUCCCCGACAUCGAAUUGAACCUCACCGUCGAUGUUUCCAAAUACCAUGAUAGUCGCGUCAAUCGCCAGUUCCAGCGAACUGGGACCGAUGGUGCCGAUAUUGCCGUCUUGCAAACUGUCCACGACUAUGUCCGUUGGAAGAGGGAGGGUCGGCUGUACCCCUAUAAGCCGGCGCAUUGGGAAGAUGUUUGGGCAGCUAUCAGGGACCCUGACGGAGCAUUUGUGGGAACUUUCAUCUACGGGUUCGGAAGCCUUAUCUACAACCCUUCGCUGCUCAAGGAGGCCAAUGUCCCGUCAACUUUCGAUGAAUUCCUUCGUCCCGAAUGGAAGAGUAAGCUCGUGCUGACCUACCCCAAUGACGAUGACGCCGUACUGUACCUCUUCUCAAUCAUCAUCAACCAAUAUGGCUGGGAAUGGUUUGAUGCCCUUCUCAAACAAGAUGUGAAAUGGGUCCGUGGUACCGGCGAGCCAGCAGCCGAGAUUAGCCCAAGAAACUCAACUCGGUCCUUGUCGUUCACCACCUCCCCCGAAGGGAAUCUGGUCACCAAAGACCCCAAGGACACCUUUGUGUACUGGCCACAGACUGGCGCUAUCUUCGCCUCGACCCCUCGGCCGGAGAGUGCGAAGUUGUUCAUGAGCUGGCUGCUGAGUGAUGACUACCAAAAGAACUUCAACGGGACUUACCUGGCGCGUAAAGACUUGUCAUCCACGGCGGGCAGUAUCUGGAAUGACCCAUCUACCCCCCUGACCCAAUUUUCUACAUUCAUGGAAAAUCGGGAGGUUGUUGAGUGGUGGAAACUUCAGUUUGAGACUUCGAUUGGGACUGCCCAGGGUGUUAUUUCUUUGUUGUCUGAGAAGACUGGCCGCUAG